CACUCGCGGGGGUGAGGGGAAGCCGUAGGAACCCGGGAGGAAGCGGAGCGAGCGGGAGGCGGCGGUGGCUCCUGUCGGCCUCCGGCAAGACUGACCGCAGGGAGGCCGGAAAGCGGGCGCGCGCGGCGGAGAGGCGGGCGGGAGGCCGGAGCUUAUUUAAUGAAAAGUGCCAUAGACUGAAAAACCAAACAUGAGGGUAGCAGGUGCUGCAAAGUUGGUGGUAGCUGUGGCAGUAUUUUUACUGACAUUCUAUGUUAUUUCUCAAGUAUUUGAAAUAAAAAUGGAUGCAAGUUUAGGAAAUCUAUUUGCAAGGUCAGCAUUGGACGCAGUUGCACGUUCUACAAAACCUCCCAGAUAUAAAUGUGGGAUCUCAAAAGCUUGCCCCGAGAAGCAUUUUGCUUUUAAAAUGGCAAGUGGAGCAGCUAAUGUGGUAGGACCCAAAAUCUGCCUGGAAGACAAUGUUUUAAUGAGUGGUGUUAAGAAUAAUGUUGGAAGAGGGAUCAAUGUGGCCUUGGUAAAUGGAAAAACAGGAGAUCUAAUAGACACCAGAUAUUUUGACAUGUGGGGAGGAAAUGUGGCCCCAUUUAUUGAGUUUCUGAAGGCCAUACAAGAUGGAACAGUAGUCUUAAUGGGAACAUAUGAUGAUGGAGCAACCAAACUCAAUGAUGAGGCCCGGCAGCUCAUUGCUGAAUUGGGGAGUACAUCUAUUGCUCAUCUUGGUUUUAGAGACAACUGGGUCUUCUGUGGUGGAAAAGGCAUUAAGACAAAAAGCCCUUUUGAACAGCACAUAAAGAACAAUAAGGACACAAACAAAUAUGAAGGAUGGCCUGAAGUUGUAGAAAUGGAAGGAUGUAUCCCCCAGAAGCAAGACUGAUGUGGAGAAAAUUGAAGGGAGCAUACUUUCACUUGCUAAUGGGAAAGCCCUAACCGAAAAACUACAUGUAAAUAUUUUAAGAGCAUGCAGCCAUCUCGGUGUGUGCAUGACCAUUAUCCCUUUUGGUAUCAGGAUUAUUUAUUGCUAACGUAAAUAGACAUCUUUGUAAAUAGUCAUCAUAAUGAGCAAAUCACUGAACCAUUUCUAAGCACAUCUCCCUAAUGGUACAAUGUUCAGACUGCAAUGAUAAUGACAUCUUUUAAUUCUAAAAGUAUUACACAAUGGAUAACUGAACAGAUCUGAAAAAUGUAUUGAUAUAUAUACUAGUCGCUGUGAAAAAUCUUUCAUGGAAUAAUAUGGGUUUUAGGGAGGAGACUUUGUUUUCUUUUAUAUACAUAUAUAUAUAUAUAUGGCCUUUUGAUGAUAGUAUCUUUUAAAUUAAAAAGAUAUUGGGCUAGUUGUGUGUGUAAUGUUACUUUACAGUCUGACUCCCCUGUUGUAUUUCUUUUCUUAAUCUUCUCUUUCUGUCCCAAGAAACCUAGAAAUAAAAUAUGAAAACUUGUAUCAAAUAUGUGAAAAGCACAACAGAAUUCUUAGUUUAAUGUACACAGUAAAGAGGAAAUAUAUGAAUGUAGGUGCAUCAGGGCUGUAGCUUGCUGGAUUUUGAGUUAAUAGUGUGCAUGAGUUGAUUUUGCAUAAGCUAUAGAGUAAGA